GUUUACAAGAUAUAUACCUAGAGAAAAAAGUGUCUAAAAAUAGUAAUCAAGAGGUAAAAUGGAAAGAAACAUGAAGCGUAAAUCAGGUCCAAAAUUGGAAAGAAAAUAUGUGGAGAAGAAUAGAAGGAAUCACAUGAAGAACCUAUGUAAUCAACUUCAUUCUAUGCUCCCUACACAUCCAUCUACCUCUAAGGGAACAACAACUGCAGUGCCUGAUCAAAUAGAUGCUGCAGUGAAUUACAUAGAAAGCUUGAAAAUGAAUUUGGAGAAGAACAAGAAACACUUGGAAGAGUUGAAAAUGGGCCCAAAGAAGGCCCAAUCAUCCAAUGCAACUAAUGAGCCCGGCCCAAGCAGCAAGUCACCACCUCAGAUUGAAUUCCAUGAAAUGGGCCCAAACAUGGUUGUGGUUUUAAUAACUAGCCUUGACAAUAUAGCCACUUUUAAUAAAAUCAUUCGAUUAUGCCAUGAGGAAGGUGUUGAAGUUGUGUCUACCAACUUUAAACUCAAUGGAAAUUCUACACUGCAGAUUUCUCAUGAAUCUAAGGUGCAUAUCAAUAAAAGUUCAACAAUAGAAUUUAAAGAGACAACUUUGUGUACUAAGAUGAAGGAGUUGAUUUAUGGACCAUCUUGCAAUAAUGACAUGGAAUCCCUAUGGGACUACAUUAUUGAAUCUGGCUUAAUAGAAUUUAAUUCAGUAGAUUUAUCACCAAGAGCAAGUCAAAAUCCAAAUAUAAAUUACUCAUAUGCAAAUUUUUUAUGAUCCUAGCUUUUUCUAAGCUGAAUGCUGUUCACAAAAAAAAAAGUAUCAAAUCGAAAACCUAAUCAAACCGUGAAAAAAUGUUGAUAUUUUUCUGCUUUGAUAUGGUUUUGGUUUUAAAUUUUAAAAAUUUUAUGGUAUAAAUUAAUUUUUUGUACUCUUAGUUUGUAAUCUAGGUGUUUGUCUUAAUACAUAAUAAUCAAUUUUUUUUCCUU